AUGUCCAACCCCGUCUAUCAUCCCCUUUCAUCUGACUCUUCCAAUCAUGCUGGACAUUAUGGAAUGGGUGCGCCUGAGUGGUCUACCAUGUUUGUUGGGCAAUGUAACGGUGUCAAUGGCGACCUCCAUCGGUAUGAGCGAGAGCAGCUUGCACGUUGGGCCGAUCAAGGCCAGGUUGGUCCCAUCGUUUGCGUGGAGUGCCACAGCUCAUGUCUGUGUUUUAGCAGCUUUGCCAACGGUGCCACUUCGCUGAAAUGCCCGGCGCACGGUGAUUUUACCCCUAUGGUCAUGACACCGGAAUUGAAACGAUUCCUGGGUAUAACGCCUGGUUUGGUCGGUGCCGGUUUUGGGCCACAAAUGUCGCCGCUCGCCUCCUUCCCUCCUGUACGACCAGUAUAUCAGGGGGUCUCUGGUUUUGAACCGAGGCAGGCCCCGUAUUGGCAAAACCGACAGUCUUUCUAUCGAUCCCCCGAAGCAAUUCCGGAAAUUCGUGCUCCUGUGGGUGGAGGGAGGACUGCGGUGGUUGUGGGAGAAGGUACAGACCGUGGGCCUAACGAGCAACCAUCCGCCACAGCCCCUUCCCCCCGUUCAGGGAACGUCGCGACGUCUGACGCCUCGAAUCCCCCCCCUGCGUCCAGCGCUGGGUCCGUUACAUCUUCCCGUCGCUCGCAUCAUGAUCAGGAUUCUUGCCCUUUUCUUCACGGUUGGCAAAAACCUGUUCGUCUUCAACUUUCGUCCCCCUUGGUUAAGGACAUGUCGCCGGAGACGAGGGCUUAUUUGCGGAAAUGGGGGACUAAGAUUUUUUUACAUUGGAUGCGCGAUGCCGAUUUUCUUGACGAUCUUCUCCUAGCAGGUCGUCCUUCCCAGCCCUCAUCCUCCUCAUCUUCGUCCUCCCACUCAUCUUAA